CUUGGAGUGUGUGUUACGUUUUCAGGACUCAUUGGAUGAAUAGUUCCAAUGUAAUGGCUGAAGCAUUGCCGUCUGUGUGCAUUGUUUUCAGUGGAAAAAGGAAAUCUGGCAAAGACUAUACAGUUAGCCGAUUAUCUGAAAUAUUUGACAACAAUGAUAUCACUUACUCAAUCGCACGAAUUAGUGAACCGAUAAAAUCUUAUUUUGCCCAACAGUACAGUUUAAAUUUAUCAGAGUUACUAUCGUCGAAUUCAUACAAAGAAAAUUACCGAAAACAAAUGAUUGAUUGGGUGGAAGAAGAAAUAAAACGGGAUUGUUAUGUAUUUCCACGUAAAGCUCUUUCUGAAUGUAUCGGAAAGUGUAAACAAAGAAAAUGUGAUGUUAUUAUUGUUUCUGAUGCUAGACGUAUGAAUGAUAUUGAAUUUUUUAUUGACACAUUUACUCGAUCCAAGUGUCUUUUAAUACGCAUUACAUCACCAGUAGGAAUCAGGAUAAAGCGAGGCUGGUCAUAUGUUGAUGGGAUUGAUAAUGUUGCAUCAGAGUGUGGACUAGAUGAAUGUACUGACUGGGACUUAGUACUGCAGAAUGAUGGGAAUGAGGUUGCCUAUGAGAACUACUUGAACGAUAUUGUAUCAUGUGUAAAGAAGAUAUUAAGUGCAUCUCUGUGA